AAAACCCAGCGUUGCUCGCAUUGUUCUCUUGCCAGUUGCCACCUUUGGUUGGUUAAUCGUGUCUGCUCCUCCAGCUCUAUAGACACACUCCGGAGCUCCAUUGCUUCUUGCCUUGCCUCCUAGAGCUGCCUACCUCUUGCUGCUGCUAGCAAUAGAACCUCGCACCAAGAGGCUCUCUCUGACUACUAGUCCAACGUUUCUGCUCCAACAUCGAUCGAUCAUGCCGACCAACAUGAUCUCCAAGGUGCUUGAGAAGCAGGCUGGCCUUCCGCUGGAUGUUGCACCUCCUGCAAAGAAGGGACCAGCUUCUCGGACGAGCGUGCUUCGCAAUCCAAACAUGGAGAAGCUUCAGAACAGCUACUUGUUCGCGGAGAUUAGCAUGAGGCGCGAAGCACACCAGAAGAAGUACCCAGAGGCCAAGGUCAUCAGCUUGGGCAUCGGCGACACAACCCAACCCAUACCAAGCAUCGUCACAUCGGCUAUGGCCGAGUACGCGCAUGCGUUAUCAACUCCUGAAGGGUACCAAGGCUAUGGGCCGGAGCAAGGCCAGCAGUCGCUGAGGAAGGCCAUUGCUGACGUGGUAUACCCAAACAUGGGGAUACGAGACACCGAGGUGUUCAUCUCCGACGGGGCACAGUGCGACAUUGCCCGCCUUCAGAUGAUGUUCGGGCGGGACGUGACCAUCGCCGUCCAGGACCCCACCUUCCCGGGGUACGUGGACAACGGCGUGAUCAUGGGGCAGACGGGGGCGGCGGCGGCGGACGAGGAGUCCGGCGGCAGGUACGCCGGGAUCGAGUACAUGCGGUGCGCGCCGGAGAACGGCUUCUUCCCGGACCUGUCGCGCGUGCGCCGCACCGACAUCAUCUUCUUCUGCUCGCCCAACAACCCCACGGGCCACGCGGCGUCGCGCGGCCAGCUGCGGCAGCUCGUCGACUUCGCGCGCCGCAACGGCUCCAUCAUCGUCUUCGACUCCGCCUACGCCUCCUACGUCUCCCCCGGCGGCGACGGCGGCGAGGACGACGACAAGCACAGCAAGCCCCGGUCCAUCUACGAGGUGCCCGGCGCGCGGGAGGUGGCCAUCGAGAUCUCCUCCUUCUCCAAGUUCGCCGGGUUCACGGGCGUGCGGCUCGGCUGGGCCGUCGUCCCCGACGAGCUGCUCUACGCCGACGGCACCCGCGUGGCCCGGGACUUCGACCGCGUGGUCACCACCUGCUUCAACGGCGCCUCCAGCGUGGCGCAGGCGGGCGGGCUGGCGUGCCUGGCGACGGCGGAGGGCCGCGACGCCGUGGCGCACGUGGUGGCCGGGUACAAGGAGAACGCGCGGGUGCUGGUGGCCACCUUCCAGGCGCUGGGCAAGGAGGUGCACGGCGGCGACGACUCGCCCUACGUCUGGGUGCGCCUCUUCCCCGGCCGCCGCUCGUGGGACGUCUUCGCCGAGAUCCUCGAGAAGACGCACGUCAUCACCGUCCCCGGCAGCGGCUUCGGCCCCGGCGGCGAGGGCUUCGUCAGGGUCAGCGCCUUCAACAGCAAGGACAGGCUCGUCGAGGCAUGCGCCAGGCUCACCACCUUCCUCGCCUAACAUACGCCGACGCGUAAGCAGUUUAUAUGUAUACUGGCUCCAUGUAUACGUGCUGGACAAUCAUUUAUGUAUGCUCUAAAGCUCAUUGGAGUAUAUAUAUAUGGAACAAUAAUGGCAACAUUUAUAUAGUCUAAAAAGCGCACUCAUCUUCUCAAAGAGUGUGUGUGUUUACAGUUUACGCUUACAUAUACUCAUACACGAAUCCCUCAAAAGAAAAA